GAAGGUAAGUCUGCUCCCGGUGGACAUGAGCUGCACGUUGAUUAUUGGUAGCUAAUUGGAUUAGCUCCGGCCGGUGGGGCAGAUUCUAUUUUGAACGAGGAUGCUCAUCCUGAUGUCUAGCUCGAUAACAGACACAUUAUGAUUAGAGGCGAAAAUACUUCUAAGAUUCUCAAGAUGAGAGAUGUCAUUAUGAUGGCAUUUAGAGAGCAUUAUCAUGAACGUGGUUACAUGGAGGUAACGCCACCGACGCUGGUGCAAACACAAGUUGAAGGAGGGUCGACUCUUUUCAAACUGGACUAUUUUAGGGCGGAAGCAUGCCUGACGCAAAGCUCACAAAAAUAUAUGGAAACCUGUUUGCCGGCAUUGGGCGACUAUUGCAUUUCUCAAAGUUACCGUGCAGAGCAGAGUCUUGCUCGCCGCGAUUUAGCAGAAUACAGUUAUAUUGAGGGUGAAUGUCCCUUUAUUACUUUCAAAGAGCUACUUGAUCGGCUGGAAGAUUUGAUAGUAGAUGUUGUCGAUCGAGUAUUGAAAUCUCCGUGGGGUCAUCUUAAUCCGAAUUUUAUGCCACCGAACUAUGUCGAUGCUAUUGACUGGCUAAAGGAGAACAACGUCACCAAGAAUGAUGGAACUUUUUAUGAGUUUGGCGAUGAUAUUCCGGAGGGUCCGGAACGAAAAAUGACGGAGCAAAUAAACGAACCAAUGCUGUGCCGGUUUCCCGCGAAAAUUAAAUCAUUUUACAUGUCUAGAUGUGAAGACGAUCGCCGUUUAAUUGUCGGAGGGCGAUUUCUCUGA